GGGAGGGGCUGGCGCCCGCCUUCCUCCCCCAUUCAUUCAGCCGAUCCUGGGGGCCGAGGGGCUCCAGCAGCGAGCUCUGCAUUGCAGGAGCGCGGGUGCGGCGCCCCAGCCAGCGCGCAGGGCCAGGGCCCGGCCGGGGGUGCUUCCUCCCCGCCGCCCUCCGCGCGACUCCCUGCCCACCAGCCACCAUGUCCGACCCUGCGGUCAACGCACAGCUGGACGGGAUCAUUUCAGACUUCGAAGCCUUGAAGAGAUCUUUUGAGGUUGAGGAGGUCGAGCCGCCCAACUCCACCCCAACCCGGAGGGUCCAGACUCCACUGCUCCGAACCACUGUGGCCAGCUCCACCCAGAAAUUCCAGGAGCUGGGUGUGAAGAACUCAGAGCCCACAGCCCGCCAUGUAGACUCGAUAAGCCAGCGCUCUCCCAAGCCCUCCCUGCGGAGGGUCGAGCUUUCAGGGCCCAAGGCGGCUGAGCCUGUGUCGCGGCGCACGGAGCUCUCCAUUGACAUCUCCUCUAAGCAGGUGGAGACCUCAGGCGCCACUGGGCCUGCACGAUUUGGGCUCAAGAGGGCUGAGGGGUUGGGCCACAAGACACCGGAGCCAACCCCUCGGAGGACGGAGAUCACCAUUGUCAAGCCUCAGGAGCCAGCCCACCGCAGGAUGGAGCCCCCCACCUCCAAGGUUCCCGAGGUGCCCAUUGCCCCUACCACUGAUGCAGUCCCGAAGAGGGUUGAGAUCCAGGUGCCCAAGCCAGCUGAGGCACCUGCCUGUCCCCUCCCGUCCCAGACCCUGGAAAAUUCUGAGCCUGCCCCAAUGUCCCAGCUGCACAGCAGGCUGGAAGCCAAGCCAACUGUGGCUGAAACCCUGCCCAGGAGCCAGGAGGCCACAGAGGCAGCUCCUGGCUGUGUGGGUGACAUGGCCGACACCCCAAGAGACGCCAUGCUGAAGCCGGCGCCCGCGUCGCGGAAUGAGAAGGCCCCCGCGGACUUUGGCUAUGUGGGGAUCGACUCCAUCCUGGAGCAGAUGCGCAGGAAGGCCAUGAAGCAGGGAUUCGAGUUCAACAUCAUGGUGGUCGGGCAGAGUGGCUUGGGGAAGUCCACCUUAAUCAACACCCUCUUCAAGUCCAAAAUCAGCCGGAAGUCGGUGCAGCCCACCUCAGAAGAACGCAUCCCCAAGACCAUUGAGAUCAAGUCCAUAACCCACGAUAUUGAGGAAAAGGGCGUCCGGAUGAAGCUGACUGUGAUCGACACACCUGGGUUCGGAGACCACAUCAACAACGAGAACUGCUGGCAGCCCAUCAUGAAGUUCAUCAAUGACCAGUACGAGAAGUACCUGCAGGAGGAGGUGAACAUCAACCGCAAGAAACGCAUCCCCGACACGCGUGUCCACUGCUGCCUCUACUUCAUCCCUGCCACCGGCCACUCCCUUCGGCCCCUGGACAUCGAGUUCAUGAAGCGCCUGAGCAAGGUGGUCAACAUCGUCCCUGUCAUUGCCAAGGCCGACACGCUGACGCUGGAGGAGAGAGUCUACUUCAAACAGCGGAUCACUGCAGAUCUGCUGUCCAAUGGCAUUGACGUGUACCCCCAGAAGGAGUUUGAUGAGGACGCAGAAGACCGGCAGGUGAACGAGAAGUUCCGGGAGAUGAUCCCCUUCGCUGUGGUGGGCAGCGACCAUGAGUACCAGGUCAACGGCAAGCGGAUCCUUGGCAGGAAGACCAAGUGGGGCACCAUUGAAGUCGAGAACACCACACACUGUGAGUUUGCCUACCUGCGGGACCUCCUCAUCAGGACCCACAUGCAGAACAUCAAGGACAUCACCAGCAGCAUCCACUUCGAGGCGUACCGUGUGAAGCGGCUCAAUGAAGGCAACAGUGCCAUGGCCAAUGGGGUUGAGGAGAAGGAGCCUGAAGCCCAGGAGAUGUAGACGCUGCCAUCCCCACCCUGGACCCUAUCCCCAGUCUUCCCGUCACCCCAGGCCCGCCCACCUGCCCGCCCUUUCUUAUUUUAUAUCAUUUUGUCCAUGUGUCAUCAUCAUUCCCCACCCUUUCCGUGCUGCCAGGUGACAAGAGAAGGCGAAGUCUCCUGAGCGUGAAUCGGUAGCUCCUGGCUGCCCAUGGAGCGGGGCUCAGCCUGGGACCCUUCUGGCCUUUCUGAGUACCAGAAAGGCUGGAUGUGCCCAGCAGGAGGACCCAGGGCCUGUUGGAGUCUGACCCGCCCCCAGUUGGCCCCCUCCUCCCCCCAGGACCCACAAAGCUGCCUGCCUGCCACCCUCUGGAGAUACUAGAUCUGGAGCCUCAUCAGGGACCAGGUCCCUGGGUUUAGCGGUCCCCUCUUGGCCCUCAGUCCCCAAGGCCACAGUUCCUGGAGUGGGAGGAUGGAGCCCCUCCUGCCCCCCUGUGGUGUGGGCCAUGGACUCAGAGACCACCCCCCCACCCCCCCGCCACCUCAGGACUCCUCGCAGCGCGCAUUGCCAGUUGAUUAGACACACUGGGCCUGCAGCCACCCGCCUGGAGCCUACUCUGCAGCAGAAAGUGCCUUCAUUCAGCCGUCCACAGGAGCCAGAGGACUCUCCUAGUUGUCCCCUUGGGCCAGAAACAGGGACCAAAGGGAGAGGGGGAGGUGUGACCUAUCCCUCCACCCCCCCCCCAUUGUACCCUCACACAUGCGGGGAGGCUUUGGGAACCUCUGAUCCAACAGAAUCUGGUGAGAAGUGUGUCCCACCCCACCCCUGCACUGGGGAAGAUCCAAGCAGAAGCAGCUGCGGAGGGUGCCGAGG